UUCCUUUUUUCCUAAUUUUUAUAAACAUCAAAUCGAAUUGUAUUUAUUUCAUCGUCAGAUUAAAAUCCACUUUUAAAAUGUCUUCAGUAUUGACGGAAAAUGUUGUACUUGUUCGUACACGAUCUCAUGAUUUGAAUUCGGUGAAAAAACUCAAUUGCUGGGGAUGCACAUUAAAAGAUGUAUCGAUCGUGAACCGAAUGCCCAAUGUAGAAGUUAUUUCAUUGUCUAUAAAUAGUAUCGAUACAUUGCAAUAUUUCUCAUCAUGUACAAUGCUGCAGGAAUUGUAUCUGAGAAAAAAUGAAAUCAAAGAUAUUAAUGAAAUUCUUCAUCUGUCACAAUUGCAAUUUCUGAAAAAAUUAUCAUUGGAAGAUAAUCCUUGUGCCAAUGUUGACAAUUAUCGUUUAACCGUACUUAAAGCGUUGCCAAAUUUAGAAUAUCUGGAUAAUGUCAAAGUAACUGCCGAAGAAUUAUAUCAGGCAGAAAAAUCGGGUCGUGAAUUAAUAUGGCCCGGAACCGAAAUAGUCGAUGAUAUUGAUGAAGAAAUUAUUGAAAAUACAGGUGGAAAUUUAUAUGAUAUAUCACGAAACUAUCCCGAAACAAAAACAACGUAUCCGACAUCAUAUCCGGAACAAGUGUCCAAUAACAGCAGUAAUAGCAGUAGCAGUAGUAGUAAUUGCAAUACGGUUACCUUAAGUAAUGGAUUAUCACAGCAACAAAAUGAACAAUAUCAACAACAAUCAACAAUGAAUGCUGGUGGUUAUAUUGAUCAACAGUAUUUAAAUAAUAGUGGUUCGGAAAAUGGUAGCACAAAUUCGGUAAUUAAUUCAUCAUCAUCAUCUUUGUAUGGUAACAAUAAUACAUCAGUUAUGAAUGGAAAUCGUAAUUAUCAACCACAACCAAUAAUGAAUGGUAGUAAUAAUAGUUCAUCGAACCUACCGCAUCAUAUUCCACAGGCCAACUUACAAAAAUCGGCUAGUCCAAAUAAUCAUAUAAAAAAGACAAACAUGGCAAAGGCAAACUCUUUAUCGGAUUAUAAUAUUUACAGUACAAAUGGCAAUUUUCGUUGUUCUUCACCAGCCUUAUCAGGAAAUCCUUAUGAACCGAUGGAAUAUGGUUAUGAAAAUGGACAAAACAUUCUACUUAAUAAUAAUAAUAAUAAUAAUAAUACUGGUCAAUCUUCCUAUAAUAUGCCGAAUGUGAAUUCUAUUUCGAAUAGUUCUACUCGUGCAAAUCUUCACAGUUCUUCAUCGACAUCAAAUCGAGAACAACAGCAACGAAUCUUGCCUAAAGGCGGUAAAAAUCGAAAUGCCAACAUUCUUUCAGCUGUACUUUGCCUAAUAAAAGAACUUGAUUAUGGAAGUUUAGAAGUGGUAGAUACAACUAUACAUUGUCGAAUGGAAGAAAUGGAAGAUUAAAUGAUAAUCCACUAAUAAUUUUUGCUGCAAAUUUGCAUCAAGUGAAUCGAAAAAUUCCUUUGAUAUUAUCGAAUUUUGUUUCAUC